CGGACCUGAGCUCUCCUGGGGGCGGCCCUGGUGCAUGACUCCGGAGGGUAGGACCAUUUUAUUAGUUUUCUAGAUCGCUCUGGCACUCACUGGAGGGAGUGUGGGGAAGGGGACUCCGAAGGCCGUGUCCCCCUGCAGAGCGCUAGCUGAGUGGCUGGUUCUCUGGAGGGGACAGGAAGCUACAUCCCUCCCAGGCCUUGGGGGCAGUGAGGCCCCUGUGGCUCCUGCCCCCUGUGACUGGGCCCUGGGUCCAGCCUCCCAGGCUGUCGAGUCACAGGGAAGCAUGUUGCCAGCAGGUGGCACAGGAAAGUAGGGUCCCACACCUGGGGGGGUCUGGUGGCCCUGGGCGGGGGCCUCGUAGGCUAAGGCACUGGCCCGCCCCUACCUGGUGCCCUGAGACUGGGUUGAGGGGUAUGGGGGCCGCCUUUCCUGACCCAGGCGGGGGGCCCAGGCGGGGGUCUUGUGCCGUGUGGGCUGAGGGCCCCUCCCCGGGGAUUAGAGGCUUUAGCAGUGACUCUGGGGGUGCCAGAGUCGGCCUCUCGGUCUUGUCCCCAGAGGUGAUGUUUCUACCUGAGGACCAGGAGGGUGAGGGGUGGAUGGGGUCCCUGGUGGGCACUUCCCACACGUCUUCCCCACCCCAGUUUUGUCCCGGGUGGCUCUGCCUGGGGCUGGGGUCUCUGCUCGGCCACCUUCACCCUUCUCUGCUGGUGUCUGGAAGUUGGGGAGGGUCUGGAGCGUUCUGUGCCGUCCGCCAGGGCUGGUGUGCCCACCCUCCUCGCGGCUGGGCUUGAGGCAGCUGCUGCUCUCUUGCCGGCUGUUCUUAGCUGUGGCCCAUACCCGUAGAGGGGCAGCCGGCAGCUCAGCUGGGGGUCCUGGCUCAGGCUUCUCGCCCCACCCGGACCCCCACCUCUUGGCCACUGACCUCAAAGGGCUUGGCCUGGCCCAGGCUGGGCGCCUGGUGAGUAGGGGCUGCCCUGGUGCCCAGGGCCCCGCCUUUCCCAGGGGCAGGGCCCCAGCCAGGCCUGCGGCACCCCCAGGACCCUGCAUCUGGGCCCGGGACUUACAGCAGGGCAGGGGCACACGCAAGGGGGCCUUGACUGGCUGGGCCAUGGGAAGGGGCUGGGGACUCUGCACAUAGCUGGUGGGCAGGCGUGGUGGGGAGCAGGUGGGGGAGUGAUCCCACCGUGCUCGGGCUCCACCCCUGAAGGGUUGAGCGUGAGGUGCCCGGCUCAGGGGGAGGGCGGGAGGAGGGAUCCACAGACGGCUCCCUGGGCCAGUAGGACCCUCUGGUCUGGCCAGGGGUGGGAGUGCAGCCCCUCCCACGGCCCAGCCCUGUGCUCCUGGAAAGAGCCAGACGGUGGUCAGGGGAGGAGUCCCUGCCCCCUUCUCGCUGGAGCCCUGGGGGUGUGGGGAGGAGGCAAGGCUUCCUGGGCUGCUGCUCAAAGAGAGUCUCGGGACAGGGGACAGAGUGGGACGGAGCAGUGACCUAGCGGGACCGAACACUGUGCCUUAGUGCAGCCACUCGUCAUGCACCGGCAGCAGGGCGCACCCUGGGACCUCACCCCCGCGCGGCUCUGAGCUCUGCCGCUGUGCGGAGCCGCUGCAGGCCGGAUCCAUGCAGCGCUGGGCCUGGGCCUGGGCCGUGGCCCUCCUCUGGCUGCAGCUCACACUGCUCCGGGGCGUCGGGGCGCGGCGGCAGCCCAGCCAGCACGUGGAGCCCCCCAACGCCACCGCAGCCCACAGCGAGCGGCUGCUGGGCGCCCCCAAGCCUUCCAAGGCCUCAAAACCUGAGGUCUCAGAUGCCCACAGGACGUGGCUGAACUUCGUUCGGCGGCCCGACGAUGGGGCCUUGAAGAAACGGUGCCGAGGCCGGGACAAGAAGUCGCAGGGUCUCUCGGGUCCCCCAGGGCCUCCUGGACCACCUGGGCCCCCGGGGCCCCCCGGUGCAGAAGUCACUGCAGAGGUCCUGCUGCAGGAAUUUCAGGAGAUGCUGAAAGAAGCCGCCAAGCGCCGGUUCUCAGGGCUGCCGGGCCCGCUGCUGCCCCCGGGACUGGGCCUGCCGCCGGUGGACGAGGCCUUUCGCUGCCGGCUGCGCGGCCCCCAGCUGGUGGACAGGAGGACCCUGGUGGAGCUGCACGGCUUUCAGGCCCCCACUGUCCAGGGCGACUUCCUGCGGGGGUCCGGCCUAAGCCUGUCCUCGGGCCGAUUCACAGCUCCAAUGUCCGGCAUCUUCCAGUUCUCUGCCAGCCUGCACGUGGACCACAGUGCGCUGCAGGGCAGGCCGCGGCCGCGGGCCCGGGGCACGGUGCGUGUGCUCGUCUGCAUCGAGUCCCUGUGCCAUCGCCACGCGUCCCUGGAGGCCGUCUCGGGCCUGGAGAGCAACAGCAGGGUCUCCACGGCCCAGGUGCAGGGGCUGCUGCAGCUGCAGGCUGGACAAUAUGCUUCCGUGUUCGUGGACAACGGCUCUGGGGUGGUUCUCACCAUCCAGGGCGGCUCCAGCUUCUCCGGGCUGCUCCUGGGCACAUGAGCCAUCGCGGACUCGUCUCCGAGCACCCCGCUGACACUGUGGUCCCCACAAUAAACAGCCUCAGCCCUC